UUUCAUUUAUAAAAAAAAAACCAUCAAAAUAAUCUUCAAAAAAUACACAGUACCUUCUUCUUCAUCUUCAAAUGUGUUAACACCAAAAUCAAAGUUUUGAAAUCACAGAAGAAGAUCUCAAUGCUUAAUUUUAUGGGAUUGUUCCACACAUUUUUCGUUUGCCAAUUCAUCAUUCUUCAACCCUUUGUUUCUGCUUCAGGAAAUGCUGCUGAGUUUUUUGAGAAAGCAUCUCAGAGUAUAAAAGGGAGGCAUUAUACUGAGGCACUUAAUGAUCUAAAUUCUGCAAUUGAAGCAGAUCCAAACCUUUCAGAAGCAUACCUUUCCCGUGCUUCAGUUCUUCGCCAGUUAUGCAGAUAUGAGCAAUCUGAAAGGAGCUACAAAAAGUUUCUGGAGUUAAAACCCGGACAUUCAGUGGCAGAAAAGGAGCUCUCUCAGCUAUUGCAGGCUCAAAGUGCGCUAGAAACCGCUCAGUCCCUCUACGAGUCAGGCAACUUCACAAAAUCUUUGGAAUACAUUGAGAAAGUUGUUCUUGUUUUCUCUCCAGCAUGCACUAAGGCUAAGCUUCUUAAGGUGAGGUUGUUGAUAGCUGAUAAAGAGUAUGAAGGUGCCAUUGCUGAGUCUGGUUUUCUUCUCAAGGAAGAUGAAAAUAAUUUGGAGGCGUUGUUGUUACGUGGUCGUGGAUAUUACUAUUUAGCUGACCAUGAUGUUGCCACAAGGCAUUAUCAGAAAGGUCUUCGCCUAGAUCCCGAGCAUAGCGAACUGAAAAAAGCAUACUUUGGGUUGAAAAAUCUACUCAAAAAGAGUAAAAGUGCUGAAGAUAAUGCGAGUAAGGGCAAGCUACGAGUGGCAGUAGAGGAAUUCAAGAGUGCGCUUGCUGUUGAUCCUGACCAUCGUGCACAUAAUGUAAAUCUUCACCUUGGUUUAUGUAAAGUGCUAGUCAGGCUUGGCAGAGGAAAAGACGCCUUGAACAGUUGUAGUGAAGCUCUUAAUAUCGAUGAGGAGCUUAUUGACGCUCUUGUUCAGAGGGGGGAAGCUAAACUCUUGACGGAGGACUGGGAGGGAGCUGUGGAAGAUCUGAAAUCAGCUGCUCAAAAAUCUCCUCAGGAUAUGAAUAUCCGUGAAGUAUUAAUGAGGGCUGAGAAAGCCUUAAAGAUAAGCAAACGCAAGGAUUACUACAAAAUUUUGGGAAUUUCAAAACAUGCUUCCGCUGCUGACAUUAAACGGGCAUACAAGAAACUUGCCUUACAAUGGCAUCCAGAUAAGAAUGUUGACAACAGAGAAGAAGCAGAGGCUAAAUUCCGAGAGAUCGCUUCUGCAUACGAGGUUCUAAGUGACGAAGACAAGCGCACAAGAUACGACAGCGGGGAGGACCUUGAAGAUUCAGGAAUGGGAGGCGGAGGCGGUGGAGGUUUCAAUCCCUUCGGUGGUGGUGGACAGCAAUUUCACUUUACUUUUGACGGCGGCUUCCCUGGUGGAGGAUUUCCCGGCGGCGGCGGCGGUUAUGAAUUUCAUUUUUGAUUCAAAAAAAGUCUUAAUCCUUAAAUUUUUCUUAGGGAAAGAUAUAGCCUUGAUUUCCUCAAGGGACCACAGCUAUAAUGUUGACUAAUCACUUGCUAACGGUUGUUGAGGUAAAUACAUAGGCCAUCCCCAAGUUACUUGCAAAACAAGACUUUGUUGUACUUUACAGAAAUUUUUGCUUUGUGUAAAAGUGAUGGGGAUAGGUGUUAGUUAAAGAGGCACAUUUUGAUGUAGACCCAUUUAGUUUUAUGUGGUGGUUGUUACUAUGUAAGGAUGACUUUAAAUUCCAGCCAAACCAUUACAGUAUUUGUUUA